AUGUCGAUCCAGUUCCCCGCGGAAGAGGAGCGCAUCCUGAAGUUCUGGAAAGAAAUCAGCGCUUUCGAACGCCAGGUGGAGCUUUCGAAGGGUAACAAGCCGUAUACCUUUUACGAUGGACCGCCGUUCGCGACAGGCCUCCCACACUACGGCCAUCUCCUCGCCUCUACGAUCAAGGACAUCAUACCCAGAUAUUGGAGCAUGAAGGGGCGGUAUGUGGAGCGGAGGUUCGGCUGGGACACACAUGGUCUUCCCAUCGAAUACGAGAUCGACAAGAAGCUCGGCAUAAGCGGGAAGGACGCGGUCAUGAAGAUGGGCAUUGAAAAAUACAACGCCGAGUGCCGGGCCAUUGUUAUGAGGUUCGCGUCGGAGUGGAGGCAGACCAUCGACCGACUGGGGCGCUGGAUCGACUUCGACAAUGACUACAAGACGAUGGACACCACAUUCAUGGAGUCGUUGUGGUGGGUGUUCAAGCAACUGUGGGAAAAGGAUGCCGUAUAUCGGGGCUACAAGGUCAUGCCUUAUUCUACAGCACUCAACACGCCCCUCAGUAAUUUCGAAUCUCAGCAAAACUACAAAGACACUCAGGACCCGGCGAUAGUGGUGUCUUUCCCGCUUCUUGACGACCCAAACACCUACUUCCUUGCCUGGACGACUACCCCUUGGACAUUACCAUCUCAUACCGGCCUUGCGGCAAAUCCCGACUUCGAAUACAUCAAAAUUCUAGACCAAGCCUCUGGCAAGCACUUCAUCCUUCUCGAGAAACUCCUCCGUACACUUUAUAAAGACCCGAAGAAAGCGAAAUUCAAGAUAGUAGAAAAGAUGAAGGGGAAAGACAUGCUUGGCUGGCGAUAUCAACCGCUGUUCGACUACUUCUACGAGGAGUUCAAGGACUACGGCUUUCGACUGCUCAACGCGACAUACGUUAGCGAUGACAGUGGUGUGGGUAUAGUACAUCAAUCGCCAGCAUUCGGUGAGGAGGAUUACAAGGUCGCCAUGGACGCCGGCGUCAUCAGCGACAAGCGACUCCCUCCCAACCCAGUGGAUGAGACAGGCUGCUUCACCGCCGAAGUGAGGGACUUCGCCGGAAUGCACGUCAAGGCUGCCGACAAGGCCAUCAUCAAGCACCUCAAGGGUACAGGCAGAUUAAUAGUAGACAGCCAAAUCACGCACAGCUAUCCGUUCUGCUGGCGAUCAGACACCCCCCUCAUCUACCGCGCCGUCCCCUCCUGGUUCGUCAAGAUCCCACCAAUCAUCCCGCAGAUGCUCAAGGGCAUCGAGGAAUCCCACUGGGUCCCCUCAUUCGUCAAGGACAAGCGCUUCGCCAGCUGGAUCGCCAACGCACGCGACUGGAACAUCUCCCGCAACCGAUACUGGGGCACGCCCAUCCCCCUCUGGGUCAGCAGCGACCUCUCGGAGAUCGUCUGCGUCGGCAGCGUCGAGGAGCUGAAAACGCUGAGCGGCUACGAAGGCGAAAUCACCGAUCUCCACCGCGACAAAGUCGACGGCAUCACCAUCCCCAGCAAAACGGGCAAGGGCGAGCUCCGCCGCAUCGAAGAAGUCUUCGACUGCUGGUUCGAAUCCGGAAGCAUGCCAUACGCAUCCUCGCACUACCCGUUCGAGAACGCCGACGCCUUCAAGGCCAGCUUCCCCGGCGACUUCAUCGCGGAAGGUCUCGACCAGACCCGCGGCUGGUUCUACACCCUCACCGUGCUGGGCGUGCAUCUCUUCGGGACGCUCCCCUUCAAGAACUGCGUCGUGAACGGCAUCGUGCUGGCCGAGGAUGGCAAGAAGAUGUCGAAGCGGCUUAAGAACUACCCAGACCCCAGCCUCAUCAUGAACAACUACGGCAGCGACGCGCUGCGCUUGUACCUCAUCAACAGCCCCGUCGUGCGCGCGGAGCCGCUGCGCUUCAAGGAGGCGGGCGUCAAGGAGAUCGUGACGAAUGUGCUGCUGAAGCUGUGGAACUCGUACCAGUUCUUUGAGCAGCAGGUUGCUUUGCUCAAAAAAGUCGCGGAUAUGGACUUCGUCUUUGACCCCGCGGCCGAGAAGAACAACACCAAUGUCAUGGACCGCUGGAUCCUGGCCUCGACGCAGAGCCUGCUCAAGUUCGUGAACGAGGAGAUGGCGGCGUACAGGCUGUAUACGGUCGUCCCGCGGCUGCUGGGCUUGAUUGAGAAUACGACGAAUUGGUACAUCAAGUUCAAUCGACGGCGGCUGAAGGGCGCGGGCGGGAAAGAGGAUACGACGCUGGCGCUGAACACGCUGUUUGAGGUGCUGUUUACACUUUGUAGAGGACUGGCGCCGUUCACGCCGUUCAUCACGGAUAACAUUUACCAAAGACUAUUACCACACAUCCCGAAGCACUUGAGGGGCGAAGAUCCGCGGAGUGUGCACUUCCUUCCUUUUCCGGAGGUCAGAGAAGAGCUGUUCGAUGACGUUAUCGAGCGGAGAGUGAGCAGGAUGCAGAAGGUGGUGGAGCUGGGACGCGUGGCGAGAGAUAAGAGAUCUGUCGGCAUCAAACAGCCACUCGAGACGCUGGUGGUUGUGCAUCCGGAUCAGACGUAUCUGGAUGAUGUCAAGAGUCUUGAGCAGGAGAUCUGCGAGGAACUGAACGUUAGGGAUCUGGUGCUGUCGAGCGAUGAGGACAAGUACAAUGUCCAGUACACGUGCAGCGCGGAUUGGGCGGUGCUGGGCAAGAAGCUGAAGAAGGAGGCUGUGAGAGUCAAAAAAGCACUGCCGGAUCUUUCUUCAGACGACAUCCGCAACUUCAUGAAGAGCGGCGCUAUCAGCGUCGAUGGCAUCGAGCUGGGAGAAGAAGACCUGAUCGUCAAGCGUGGCUUAAAGGAAGACGACGCGAAUAAAGACCAGGAGUUCAACACGGACAAUGACGUCCUCAUCAUCCUGGACGUAGCGAUACAUCCGGAACUCCAGCAGGAAGGUCUUGCGAGAGAGAUCAUCAACCGGGUUCAGCGCCUCAGGAAGAAGGCGGGAUUGGUGCCGACGGAUGACGUGGGCAUGGAGUACCGCAUGCUGUCGGAUCCGGAUGGAAUUGGCAUGGAGAAGGUGUUUGAGAGCCAUAAGGCUAUGAUUGAGAAGGCGUUGCGGAGGCCGGUGGACCAACACCAGAUUACGGAGGUGGAUGGGGAGAUUCCGGAGGGGAAGGAGGAGGUAGUCAUUGCGGAGGAGGAGCAGGAGGUGCAGAAGGCGACGUUUUUGUUGAGGCUGGUGAAGCUGUAG